CCGACUUUUGUCGCAAUUAUGUUUGCUUGUCUCUUCACUACCAUAUCAGCGUUUCAACAUAAUGUUUGUCCCGCGAGCGCUCAGGCUCAAGGGCGUUCGUGAGAAGCCGCGACCAAACACUUCUAAUCCGUCAGUGAAGAAUGCUGAGACCGAUCGCGAUGAAGCCCUGGUCAAGGCUAUGCAAAAUACAAGGACGACCUCGCUCACUCCUCAACCAGAAGAACAGGUUGAACAAAAAGCUACCAAGCCUGGUCCUAGGUUCACUGUCAAACCAGUCACCCCUGAGUACAUUGCUCAACUUGCUGCUGGUAUAGAACUCAUCUUUACCGACUAUGCGCACCAAGAAGAGGAGCGAGCAAAGUGGCUUCGGGAUCGAUACCGGACAGUAGAUGGCGAAGAACAUUACAUACAUCUGACAGCCAUUCUCGAGCAUCCCAAUAUAUCCUCGUUAAAACCCGAAGCCUCCCAAGUCCUCCUCCAACAAGCGCUCCGAGAUCACCCCUCUAAAAUACUUCAAGUAUCAAACAAUGGUUAUCAUAUCCGUCGCAAACCCUCUUCGUAUCCACCCAAAUAUCUGCCUCAUAAUUCGUUCGAAAUAGUUGACGAUGAUGGUUUGGCGUUCUGGGACCAGCGCACUAUUUAUGUUGAACCGCACAUCCGCAACAUGUGUCAAACGCCUGCUAAAGUAGCUCAGUGGCUCACAGAGCAUGGUCAGUUGCGGCCAAAAUGGCUGCCUGUACAAGCCGUACAUACACUAUGGAACAGUUGCGCUUUCGUAGCUCUCAGUGGCAAUGUAAUGCACGAAGACGUCUGGCAAAAGUGGAGAGAAGCAGACAAGCCUGAGAACUGGAAGGUCAUGACCAAGGUCGAGCAUACAAAACGCACAGCCGAAUAUGUCGCAUUGCUUGAGAAGCAGAAUCCCAGGGGCAUGCGCAAGACUAAAAUCGAUGAUAGUGAGCUCCCGCCAAUUGCGCGGCCAGCAGUACUUCCCCUGGCAGUAAAAGCUGCCCAGGAGAAUGCUGGCAAUGACAGUCAGCAAGGCAAAAAGAAGCGGAAGAGGCGAAAGCCGAACAAGUCUGCUCUUAACACAGGAGAUGCAGACGCUGACGAAGCAGGUAAUGAGCCAAAUGCUAAGCGCAGAGGUUGAAGCAAUCGCCAAAGCACUAUACCGAGCAAAUGUGAACAAGUAUCGCACCUAAGAGUGCGCAAGGAUCAACCUAUUUGCCCGAACAGUCUACUCGAGUCAUCGUCACAAGCAUAUGCCGGACAGCCUCGGUUUAGCGGGCUCUACAUAGUUAUAGUAGUCGUUUACUAACCUCCAACCUACUACCCCGCUUUCUCGGCCGCAUUGACAUCAAAGGCUUGCCCCAACCCCAUCAGGCCGUUAGUUGAUAAAGUGAAUCGAUGUGAAGCGUGGGAGGUUAAAGGUGACAAGGGAGAGCGAUGCUGGCGUUACCAAGCUAUUCUUAGUCCCCCAAAAAGCAAAUCCAGACUCCCAGUAC